AUGGCGUUCAACCCGUUCCUGAGUCGUCCCGAUCUGGCCCUUCUGCCCUUUAUGGGCCAUAUACCCUCCUUGCCAGGGACACCAGGCUUCUUCCCCCGUCUGCCCCCAGAUAUGGCGGAGAUGCGUGGCGCACGCGUCGAUGAUGACGGCAUUCAAGAUGAUCCACAAGUGGAACUCGAUGACAAGGAGCUCUGGAAUUCAUUCAAUUCAUGCGGCACUGAAAUGGUGAUAACCAAAAGUGGGAGAAGGAUAUUCCCCGCUUUCCGUGUGAAAGUGAGCGGUCUGGACAAGAAAAGCAAGUAUAUAUUUCUGAUGGAUUUAGUGCCUGCUGAUGAAUGCCGUUAUAAGUUCAACAACAGUCGAUGGAUGGUAGCAGGAAAAGCAGAUCCUGAGAUGCCUAAGAGGAUGUAUAUUCACCCUGAUUCGCCUGCCACUGGUGAGCAUUGGAUGGCUAAAGGGGCAAACUUUCACAAACUAAAACUGACUAACAAUAUAUCGGACAAACAAGGCUAUACCAUCUUGAACUCGAUGCACAAGUAUCAGCCUCGUCUGCACAUCGUGCGGUGCGCGGAGAUCAUGAACUUGCCCUACUCAACGUUCCGAACGUUCGUUUUCAAGGAAACCGAGUUCAUUGCCGUUACCGCCUAUCAAAACGAAAAGGUGACUCAACUAAAGAUCGACCACAACCCAUUUGCCAAAGGCUUUCGAGAUGCUGGAGCUGGAAAAAGGGAAAAGAAGCGACUACUCCAAACGCAAACCCGCGAGCAACAGUCGCCACGAUCUUCUUCAGCUCACCCUUCCGAAGACGCGUCCGAAGAUGAUGAUCCUGCGCCGAAAAAGGCUCGUGAGGACCCUCCUAUGCCAUCUCCUCCUGUUCCACCAGCUGCUGCUGCCCCUGUAUGUCCGCCUCGAUUGCCUCCGCAAAUGUUUCCUUUCGCGUUCCCAUCCGAGAUGUUCUAUCCUACUCCUGAUAUGAUAUCUCAGUGGCAGACAGCUCUACUUCGGCCUCCCUUAAUGCCAACCGCUAUUAGCUCUGCCGCAGUGCCUGCUGCACCGCGAAAGGGUGGAUUCGAUGUGUCUGAUCUCUUGUCAAAGCCAUGA